UCGACAGUGCCAAUGCAUGCCAUAAACUUCUGAGUUGACCAGUCUAAUGCUUUGACCUCUGACUUUGCAUCGCGCCCUCCAGCAACGUUCAUGAAUAUAAGAACCCUAAACUAUUCCUCAUUGCACACCAAACCAUAGCCAUGGCUUCUUUUUCUUCUUCUUCUCCUGCUCCUCUUUCUUCCCUUCUCACUCAUCAGCUCUCAUUGCUGCUUCUCCUGCUUUCUUUAGUAGGAUCAUGGAGACUCUCCGACGCGCGCAUGCACUCGAUCUCUUCCCUGAUCACCCGAGACCUCUUCGACUCCAUAUUCCUCCACAAGGACGACACUGCAUGCCCAGCCAAAAACUUCUACACCUACGAAUCAUUCAUCCGGGCAGCGCACUGCUUCCCGAGUUUUGGGAACACCGGCAGGGUAGCCACCCGUAAACGGGAGAUCGCUGCUUUCCUUGCUCAGAUAUCGCAUGAGACCACUGGAGGGUGGGCUACUGCUCCGGAUGGGCCUUAUGCCUGGGGCCUGUGCUUCAAGGAGGAGAUCAGGCCGCAAAGCAACUAUUGCGACUCGACCAACACGGAGUGGCCAUGUUACCCGGGCAAGUCUUACAAGGGAAGAGGGCCCAUUCAGCUAUCCUGGAAUUUCAACUACGGCCCCGCGGGGAAGGCACUGGGCUUUGAUGGGCUGAGAAACCCGGAUAUAGUCUCGAAUAACUCCUUGAUCGCGUUCAAGACGGCCCUCUGGUUCUGGAUGACCGAACAGAAGCCCAAGCCCUCGUGCCACGAUGUCAUGGUGGGGCGCUACGUGCCCACAGAAGCAGACCUCACAGCCAACAGGACUGCUGGGUUUGGCCUCGUGACUAACAUAAUCAACGGGGGUCUUGAAUGCGGGAUCCCUGGUGACAGCAGGGUCAAUGAUCGGAUCGGCUAUUUCCGAAGAUACUCCAAGCUGUUCAAUGUCGAUACCGGACGAAACUUAGAUUGUGAAGAUCAGAAACACUUCUAACUACGUUAAACUAUGUUCCGACCAAUAACCGGAGCGAAGAAGAGCUUUUACUUGCUACAUGUGUGGAAGAAAUUUCUUUUUUUUUUAUUCUCUUUUGAGUUUUUCCUUUUUCCUUGUUGCAGAUCUGAGGUAUUAAUUAAUAAAAGAUUCUAGUAGUCAGUGGUCCAAAGUUGGGUGGA